GCACUCCCACAGAGCACAUUGGACAGAGUGGAUCACAAUGAGGACUUUUUCCCUGCUUCUGCUGAUUGCAUUAGCAGCCCUGGCAGAGUCUGGCCAUAGGAAGCACACAAGGCUUGCUAAGCGGGAGCUUUUGCUGCGUUCCAAAAGAAGGUGGGUUUUGUCUACGAUUGAACUAACAGAGGAAGUACCUGUCUAUGGGGAACAAACACUAAUUUCAAAGAUGUUUAAUGACAAGAAAACACACGAUGGGCAUGACUCACAGUUCCAUCUCAGUGGAAAGGGUGUGGAUGAAGGCUUUUUUAAAAUCGAUACAAAAGACGGCAGGGUGUUUCUCUUAAAAAAAAUUGACAGAGAGGAAACCCCCCAUUUCGAGAUGAAGUUUGAAAUCUUGACGGACGGCGUUGCAAUAGACGAACCAUUAACUAUAAUUGUAGAUGUAGAGGACAUCAAUGACAAUGCACCUAUUUUUAAGAAUCUUCCCCUGAUUUUCAAUGUAAAGGAGAACACAAAGGGGAUCUUGCCAGUGGUGCUGGACGUUUUUGACAAGGAUCAGGAGGACACGCCUAACUCUAAAGUCACCAUCCGUAUGCUUAAUCAGGAACCGGCAGAACCCAAGAUUGAGUUGAAACAGCUCAGUAACACAAGGGCCCAGCUCACAUUUAAAGGAUGUUUUGACUACGAUAAAAUCAAGACAUAUAAAGUUACGGUUGAAGCAAAAGAUCAUGGGAAAGGAUUUUUAUCCUCCACGGCUGUUGUUACUCUCAAUGUUGUUGACACAAACACCCAUCUACCAAAGUUCAAGAACAAAAAGUUCUAUGGUGAGGUGUUUGAAUCACAGCUCAAAAAGAAUGUCUUGAGAGUCGAAGUAGAAGACAAAGACACUCGGAACACUCCUGGAUGGCGGGCCAAAUAUUUCCUCGUUGACAAAAAAGAAGAAGAAUUUUUCCAAAUUGAAACUGACCCCAAAACAAAUGAAGGCAUUCUGCACUUCAUUAAGGAAAAGCAUUAUGAGAGGACAAUUAAUAUAACCUUGGAGAUCGGAGUAGAGAACGAAGAACCCCUUUUUGUUUGUGCAGACAAAUCAACCGGCACAAUCACACUUCCACCUAUAGAUAAAAUCAACGUCACAAUAAAAAUGUUUGAAGUCAAUGACGCACCGCAGUUUGAGAAAGAGCAAGUUGAUGUGUACCUAAAGGAAGAGGAGGAGCCGGGGAAGUGUUGGUUCCCUCCAAAGAUUACUGAUGCUGACUCUGACCUAGAGAACAUCAGGUUUGUGCUGUCAGAAGAUCCAGCAGGUUGGCUGACCAUUGACCCGAUUACAGGAAAAGUCACAUCGGUGAAGAAAAUGGACAGAGAAUCACCCUUUGUUGAGAAGGGCAUUUACAAAGCAGUCAUCUGCGCCAUUGAUGACGGUGAACCUCCAGCCAACAGUACAUGCCCGCUCCUGUUCCAUCUGGGGGAUGUCAAUGACAACAAGCCAAAGCUGGCAAGCAAAAGUGUCAUUAUGUGUGGAAACAAGGGAAACAAGGCCAUGGUGCCUGUCAUAGACCCAGAUGAUCCUCCAUACAGUGGGCCCUUUGCCUUUUCUCUGGGCGGUGAUGAUGAAAAUCUGAAGACGCAAUGGAAACUAGACCCUGAUGUCGGUACGGAAGGCGGCCUUGUUAGCCUGACGCCACUUGCUUAUGGCAACUACUCUGUGCCACUGGAGAUUAAGGACCAACAGGGAAUGGGCGCACAAGAGACCGUCAAUGUGAUAGUGUGCGACUGUGGAGAAGCAGAUGUUUGCCCAGCCAGAGGGCCGCUAUCAACCAGCCUCGGGGCCGCUGGUGUUGGAUCGAUUAUUCUGGGAUUACUCAUAUUUUUAUUGCUGCUACUCGUCUUUAUAUGUAAGUGUGGACAAGGGGCGAUGAAACACAUCACCCUCCCGUACGAUGAGGGCAGCCAGACCCUUAUGAAGUACAACGAAGAAGGAGGCGGCGCUGCAAGCACAGCUAUGCCCACUAUGCCCUGGCUAUCUUCAAAUGGUGAAACUGUGACAGACAGCCUGAAACUGGCCAACGGGCAGAUAAACAGAGUGGAUCAUGUCAUAAUCCACAAUGUGGGUAAACACAACACUGCAGGGUCCAUCAUGAGUCAUUCUAACAUGAGUGCAAUGGAAAUGCAUCAGUGGGAAACUCGCAGAUUUCUUGGAGGGCAGAGCAUGAACUUAUCAAGGAAUACAAGCAGGAAUAACAGCUACCGGGUACCCAUGAAGGGAGGCUCCACCAAGUACAUGCAGUCUUUCAGCAUGCGGUCAAAUAUAAUCCUUCCUGAUCUCAUCGAAAGGAAACUUCGCUUGGUUGAUGGAGACAUUAUCGACCACCCGAUGCAACAGCCUUUUGAAUAUGCCAACGAGGGACAGGACAGCGAAUGCCAGUCACUGGAUAAGCUGUCCCUCAGCAACCUGGGAGAUGAUACAGAGUUUCUGAAUGAUUUAGGGCCAAAGUUCAUGACCUUGGGCAACAUCUGUCACCAAACAGCUCCAGACAACACCACACAGAUUUGAGGGUCAAAGCUGGAAUAUGAGUUUUACAUCAAGUAAGGCACUCGUCUUUACCCUGCACGCCAGCAUGGCGGUGUGUUUGUGUGUGUGUGUGUACAGACCGCCAACAACGAAGGGGCGGAUUUUCAUCAAACUUAGAAAUAUACUACUUGGGAGAGUAUCUCCAGGUGAUUCGUUUUAGGAGCAGAUCAGUCAAAGGUCACGGCCAAGGUCGACAAAAAUAUGCCGCACAAGACCACGUUUGCUAACCUAACUAAUAUUAUGUUGAUCAGAAAAUGAUGCCCCAUUCUAUGAUGUCAUGAAGAAGUCCGAAAAUUACAUCAUGCGUAGUUCAUUGUAGUUGUACUUAAUUAUUUCGAGCUAUCCCUGCAUCCUUUAGGACUAUGGACAUGACCGGAGGAUUGUAUCGAUGAAUUUAUAAUCAUAUGGUAGGAAUAACGUCAUAAUGAAGACACUAUGAAGUCAGAAAAUAACGUGAUAUAGUGUAGUAACACAUUCAUUUUUGAAAAACAUUAACAUAACAAUCAGGAAUCAAACGAAUCUACAUCCUAGUUUAUAUCAACCAAUCAUUCCUCAUCAUAUUGUAUCAAUGACGUAGAAAAGUCAGCAGUUUAAUGUGGUGUAUACGGUGCAUGUUCAGGGUAAGCAUCGCCCCUUUCAGGGUUUUCCAUGCCUUGUUUGUGACUAUGAUUAAGAUCCGGUUGGAUAUUAAUAUAUUUACUGCAAAGUUUAGAUUUUGUACUUUUACAUUACACACUUAAACAUCUUACCUGCAGUUUGGGCACCUCGAAGCACCUAUAAGAAAAUACACGUUAGAAUAAGCCUCUCCUUUAACAGUAAUGCACUGUUUCUGCAGUCCUAAAAUAGGUCUUCCUCGUACUGUACCAUCUUGGUUUUGUGCCCAAACUUUUGCAAAUGCCACACUUAGUUUCAAUUCUAAUUAUCUUAAAGCUUAUAUUUUCUGUCUUUGUGGUUUAAAAUGUGGCAUUUGCACCAGGGCCCUUUAACCUUUGUAACUGUAAUUUUUACAGAUUUAUCGUUAAAUGAUAUGAAACAAGGAUUAUGUGGCACAGGCUUUACUUUGCUUGGUUGAAGUUUAAUUGAAUGCACUGAAAUAAUUGUCAUGCUCUCGUGAUUUUGAAUCAGUGUAUUUUGACAGUUACUGGGUGUGUUGGCUUUUAUUUUUUGGGGUACUAUCCUGCAAUCCACUAGUCCACCGCCUCUAGUGGCAGAAACUUGGACUAUGGGCAGAGAAGGUCUCUGGUUCGUCUCUGGUUCGACUCCACGGAGAAACAUCAAAAAGACGAACCUGGAUUGAUCUGUCCAAAAAUCGAAGAGGAUUCUCCCUACCCUGUCUAGUUCCCCUGAGCAAGGCACCUUACUCCCCCAACAUCUGCUCCCCGUGAGCCGUAGAUGGCUGCUCACUGCUCUGUGUGUCCUGCACCAGAUGGGUUAAAAGCAGAGGUUAAAUUUCCCUUACUGCAUGAGUGUGCCUGUGCAUGUCUGUGCAUGUGUUUGGGAGUGUUGCAACUUAUCUGUGAAAACCUGUGUUUCUAUCUCUGAUAUAAUGUUAACUGUGGAUACUGGGAAUAUUUAUGGUGCAUGCAAUGUUUUAUUUCUGGAAUGAUUUAUUUCCAAGAGCACCAUUUUAUAAGAGUUUCUUGUUUGUGACGGACCAGCAGAGAUUUGACUGGUUGAAAAAAUUGCUGGUCUACAGUGGUACUAUGACCAGAACUGUUGUUGUGGUGUCAAAUUAACACUGUAAAUAUCAUGUGAAAAAACAAAGUCAUUGAUUUUCUUAGUUUCUUUCGUGCAUUAUUUCUAAUGAACUGUAAUAUUUGUAAAUAAAUCUGCCAUUACUAAAAUAAAU